AUGAAGUUUAGAUCAAUUAAUAUGUUCCCACCUGCCAGCAUUGGUGAUACAGUUCGAGUCACCAUACUUGAUGUGGAUAGAGGUAGAGGAGAUCCACGAAACAUUCUAUUUGCAGUAGUAUCAAUAAAAGAUGGAGAAUUCUAUGAGCUAGGUAACAAAGAUGGAACAAUAGAACAACAUUAUGCUAGGUCUCAGUUUGAUAUUUGUCCUGAGCCAUGCAUUAAAGGAGACUGUGUUAAAUAUAAAAAAAUCUUUACGAGAAAUCGCUAA